GAUCUCUCUGUGUAUAUAUGUGUGUGUGUGCGCACGUGUGGUGUGUGAGCGAGCUCUGAGCCACUGUGUGUGUGUGAGAGAGACAGCGCUCUGGGCUGCUCUCUGUGUGUGUGUGAGUUCUGGGCUGUUCUGUGUGUGUGGGAGAGACAGAGCGCUCUGGGCUGGUGUGUGUGUGUGUGUGUGUGUCUAUGUGAGAGCUCUGGGCUGCUGUGUGCGUGUGCGGCUGCAUGUGUGUGCGCGGUGGGCUGAUGGAGCCGCCCGGGAGGGGGAGCAGCAGACGCACCGGCAGGGGAUGAAUCCCCGCAGCCUCUCCUCAGUGCUGUCAGGGCAGGAGAAGCCGCGGGACCGGGAGCCGGAGCCCGCAGCGGGACAGGGCGAUCGGGAUCGGCGCAUCUCCCUCCAGCAGCAGUGGGAGCCGCGAUGCUGCCCUGGCGCAGGAACAAAUUCGUGCUGGUGGAAGCGGAGCGCCGGGGCAAAGCGAAGAGCCUGGGCCCGGGGCUGAGCUACGCCUCGCUGCUCUCCAGCUUCCUGCGCUCCUGCCCGGACCUGCUGCCCGAGUGCCCGCUGGAGCGGCUGGGCAGCGUGUUCCGCAGCCGGCGGCACAAGGUGGAGCUGAACCAGGAGGACCCCACCUACACGGCCUGGUACCUGGGCAACGCGGUCACGCUGCAGGCCAAGGGCGAGGGCUGCACGGACGAGGCGGUGGGCAAGAUCUGGGCCAAGAGCGACGGCGGGGCCAGCGGCACCAAGGUGAAGCUGACGCUGGGGGCGCACGGCAUCCGCAUGGCCCCCUGCGAGGCGCGGGGCGGCGCCGGCGGGCGGCGGCCGGGCCAUGCCUACCUGCUGCCCCGCAUCACCCACUGCGCGGCCGACGGCCGGCACCCCAAGCUCCUGGCCUGGGUCUACCGGCACCAGGUGAAGAACAAGGCCGUGGUGCUGCGCUGCCACGCCGCGCUGCUGGCCAAGGCGGAGACGGCGCGGGCCGUGGCGCGGCUGCUCCGCCAGACGGCCAGCGCCGCCUUCAGCGACUUCAAGCGCCUGCAGAGGCUCAACGACUCCCGGCGCCUGCAGCGCCAGCGCCUGGGCGACUCCGUCGUGCCGCGGGUGCCCGCCCGCAAGCUGCUCAACGGGCAGUGCCCCUACCGGCCCCGCGCCGACCGCAGCCGCGGCGCCCGCCGGCUCAGCUCCAUCCUGGAGGAGGAGGAGGAGGGCGGGGAGGAGAACCUGGGCGGCUCCCGCCCCCCGGCGCCCUCCGGCGGCGGCGGCGGCAAGCCUGCGGCUGCGGGCGCCGGCGCCCCGCAGCGCCGGGAGCGGGCCGAGGUGCUGACGUUAGCCCGGGAGAUGCGGGGCUGGAGCCUCCAUUCCCCGGCGCCCUGGAAGCCCGCUCGGGAGGGACCCUGCUGGUCGGGCUGCUGAGGCCCGGAGGCUAGAGACAGCCCCGCUGCCGUGGCAGAAGGGCCCGCCUGGCUGGGGUGAGGCUGGGCAGAAGGAGGCACCUGCAGCUGGGCCCCUGCCCGGUUCCCCUGGCUGCUGCCUUUGCAGCCGAGGAGAGGCAGAUCGCUGGAAGCGGACAGCAGGCAGCCGGGCCCGCGGGCUGGCGGGGCUCACGCACAGGUAGCCUGAGCUGCCCUGCCUGCCGUUAACACUCCUUCACUCCUGCCAUCCGAGUAGGGGCACCGCUCUGACCUGGCCCUUUCCCCUGAUCUUCUGAGCGGACACUGAAAUGAUCUGGACCGGUUGGUGCAUAUAUCUCCAUCUCUCACACACACACACACACACACACACACACACACACACAGACACACACACACACACACACACACACACACACACACAGACACAGACACUUGCUAACCGGCUCAGAGAAAGACUGCCCUGACUCUCAUGACUGGCAUCAAAGCCAUGGGCUGGCUCCUGCUAGACUGAGACAUGCCUGCAAGUUCUGGAAGGGGGAAGAGUUCCCUGAAUGGGCAGCUGGCAGGGAGCAACUCUUGUGUGUAUUUUGUACUUCCAGUGAUUUCAAGGGAAAGAGAGAGAGAGACACACACACAAAAACUGCGGGUGGGGGAUUAUAUUCCCAUUUCAGCAGAGGGAAGGAGAAGCUGGUCCAGCUGAAGUGACUUUUACUACUUGAUCUAAACUAAAAUUUAUAUAUUUUAAAAAAAAAGCCAUCUAUUUACAGAGAGAUGCCCUUAGAUUUCACUUCUAUUACAACAUGCAAUUUUUCUGUACAGUUUUGUACAUGUCACAUAGGACAGGUGCCUGUAUGUGUCUGACACUGGGGAGGGGAUGUGGUUUGGGGAGCGGCAUGUACAGCACUAUGGGGCUGAGGGUCUGAUUUUCAAAGGUGCUGGGCCCCCACAGCUCUCCAGAAGGGAUUGUGUGAGUGCUCCAGAGCUCUGCAAAUCAGGACACAGUUACAUGGCUAAAGAUAAGUGUCUAAAUUCAUAUUUAGGUACCGAAAUAAGCAUCCUGAUUUUCAGUGAUGCUGAGCACCGGUUGGUGCUUUGAUGGGAUUUGCAGAAGUUCAGCACCUCUGAAAAUCAGCCCUCUUUGAUUUAGGUAGCUAAAGGAGGGUUUAGCUGUCUACAAUUUGGCACCCAAGUUUGGAAAAUUUGGCCCUGGGGUGCCUAGCUGUGUCUUAAGGAGAUGGGCUAUAGAACAACCAGGAGCCAAAUUCUUCAUCUUGCUUUGGCUUCAACGGGGUUACAUCGCGGACAGAUUUGGCCCACAUGUGUGCGACUCUGGGGAUGAGAUGCAGAGCAUCACACAGAGAGAAAAAGAAGCUUUGUUCUGACACAGAACAUGGGGUGUUUUAACCCCAGGAGAAGAUGGUCAGUUGCACAUGUCUCCUUUGCAUGUUCACAAUGCAAAGCCCAAUGGCGUGUGUGUACCACACACAUGUAAUGUGGUAAUUGUAAUAAAGUUUCUCUGCGUGUUCUGCAA